CAACAAUAAUGAUUUUAAGAGAUAUACGUAACCUUAGUAUUUAGCUUAGUGUUUAACUCAAUCUCUAUAGACUAUAGUAAAAACAAGCUUGCAUUAUUAUUUGUUCCACUGUUAUUAGUCAAGCGAAAACAUAAAUGAAAAGCAAAAAAAGAAUAUUUAUAUGACUCCAUUCAAUUCACUCUUUUAUAGCAAUGACUACGAUAGCCUCUCAUCUUCUUUUUUCCUCUCCAUCAUCUUCUCUUAUCAACUUUAGACUCACAAGCCUCCUCUCAUCUUCACCAUAACCGAAAAACCAAACAAAAAAUCCUUAGAUAAUCAGAUCUUGAUAUUAUGGAUCAUAUCAUCGGCUUUAUGGGCACAACAAACAUGUCACAUAACACAAACCUUAUGAUCGCUGCCGCAGCCACUACCACUACGACCUCUUCGUCUUCCUCUUCGUCCUCCGGAGGCUCGGGGACUAACCAGCUAAGCAGGUACGAGAAUCAGAAGAGAAGAGAUUGGAACACUUUCGGACAGUAUCUACGCAAUCACCGUCCACCACUUUCUCUCUCCCGUUGCAGUGGUGCUCAUGUUCUUGAAUUCCUCAGGUACCUCGACCAAUUCGGCAAGACUAAGGUUCACACACACCUAUGUCCGUUCUUCGGACACCCAAACCCACCAGCACCAUGUGCCUGUCCACUCCGACAAGCGUGGGGUAGUCUGGACGCACUCAUUGGCCGUCUUAGAGCUGCUUUUGAAGAGAACGGUGGUUCACCAGAGACGAACCCUUUUGGUGCACGAGCCGUUCGACUCUACCUAAGGGAAGUACGUGACUCGCAGGCUAAAGCACGUGGGAUCAGCUAUGAAAAAAAGAAGCGCAAGCGACCUCCUCCGCCACUACCACCGGCUCAGCCGGCGAUUUCAAGUAGCCCUAAUUAACAUUAAGUCAUGAGUAAGAUGUUUCAAUGAACUACGUUUGUUUACAAAUUUUUAUCAAUGACGAACAUGCACGAGUUCUUUUAAAGUCACAUGCCCUUUCCUAAACUUUUAUUUGGCAAACCUAAAGAAUUCUUAUGUUGUAUUAAAUAAAUUUGUAGUUCUUUCUGUUUGGCCUCACAUAAGUAUAGAUUAGUAUAUAUUUUUAAUAUAUACAUGUAACAUGUUAGACAAGUCAUAAGUUUUAUCUUAUAGACUAGUAAAAGCACUAAACUAAUGGCUUUGUUAUUUAUUUGCAAAAUUGAAAGAUGGCAAACUUAUGAUUAUGUUGGUUCAUUUAUCGCAUGUAUUUAUAAAACAUUAUAUAAUAUUACGUUUUCUCUAAGUGAUUCAAGAGUUUAUAUUUAAUACAUUCUUGAAUCAUUUAUCCAAUUAUUUCAAAGAACCUCUAUCUCUAUAUAUUGAUCAAGUUAAACAAGUACUAAUGUUUUGUAGGAUACUAAAUUUAGGGUUUUUCUUUGCUAUUUACGGAUCCCAAUGCAAGACCGAA